CGAGCGCAUCCGCGGUCAGCUGCGCGGCUCUGAGCGCCGCCUUUCACUCUCCGCGUUGACGAGCGAAGCGGCAAGUGCGCGUCGUCUGUUCGCACACUCGGGCAAAUCUCUGCGAUUCCCGCAGCCGCGAGGAUUCACUCAGGGAGAUGGUGUGGAUGAAUAGAUGAUUUGAGUAUUUGAAGCUCUUGUUUCCAGGGUGAUGAGCUCUGCUUUUUGAGAAUCAGCAUUAUUAUGGGCUGUGUUUGCUGUAAGCUGAGGAAGGCCUCCAAAUCGUCCCCAGUGUCAAAUGCUGACUCAUGUGGCACAGAGGGUGGAGCUCAGGUGGAACGUUACAUUGCGAACCCCACCCCCAGCUCAGGGGUGGGGCUUAUCCCCAAUUACAAUGAUUUCCCUAACACAAUCUCUGGCCCCAGUGGUUUUUCUUCAUCCAGCUUCCCCUCCAACACCAGUCAGUCCCGCUCUACAGCCAUCACGGGAGGAGGUGUUACACUCUUUAUAGCACUGUAUGAGUAUGAAGCCCGGACGGAGGAUGAUCUGAGCUUUCAGAAGGGAGAAAAAUUCCACAUUAUCAAUAACACUGAGGGUGACUGGUGGGACGUGCGCUCUCUGGACACAGGAAAGUCUGGGUACAUUCCCAGUAAUUAUGUGGCCCCUGUGGAUUCCAUACAGGCAGAGGAGUGGUAUUUUGGUAAGAUGGGUCGUAAGGAUGCAGAGAGGCAGCUCCUGGGCCCAAGCAACCCCAGAGGAACUUUCUUAAUAAGAGAGAGUGAGACAACUCAAGGUGCAUACUCUCUGUCCAUCAGAGACUGGGACGAUGCAAAGGGUGACCAUGUCAAGCAUUAUAAGAUCAGGAAGCUUGAUAAUGGUGGAUAUUACAUCACCACACGGAGUCAGUUUGAAACCAUUCCACAACUGGUGGAGCAUUACUCAGAUCGUGCAGCAGGGCUAUGCUGCCGUUUGAUUGGCAGCUGCAGGCGCGGUAUGCCUAAGUUAGCUGACCUAUCAGUGAAGACUAAGGAUGUUUGGGAGAUACCGAGGGAGUCACUGCAGCUCAUUAAGAAACUGGGCAACGGGCAGUUUGGUGAAGUGUGGAUGGGUAGUCAUGAUGGUUUAUGUUACUUCUUAACCAAGCCGUGUCCCAAUUCCACACCCCAGACGCUCGGUUUGGGGCGGGAUGCCUGGGAGAUCUCUCGGGAAACACUGCAACUCAAGAGGAAGUUGGGUCAGGGUUGCUUUGGGGACGUCUGGAUGGGAAUGUGGAACGGCACCACUAAAGUAGCAGUGAAGACCCUGAAACCAGGCACAAUGUCUCCAGAGGCCUUCCUGGAUGAGGCCCAGAUCAUGAAGAGACUCCGCCACGAUAAACUUGUGCAGCUUUACGCAGUGGUGUCGGAGGAGCCCAUCUACAUCAUCACAGAGUUCAUGAGUCAAGGAAGCUUGUUGGACUUCCUCAAAGAUGGAGAAGGCAGAAGUCUGAAACUGCCUCAACUAGUGGACAUGGCUGCACAGAUCGCAGGUGGCAUGGCGUACAUCGAGCGGAUGAACUACAUCCACAGAGACUUGAGAGCAGCUAACAUCCUGGUGGGAGAUAACUUGGUCUGCAAGAUUGCUGACUUUGGACUGGCCAGACUCAUUGAGGACAAUGAAUACACUGCCAGACAAGGCGCAAAGUUUCCUAUAAAGUGGACCGCUCCUGAGGCAGCUCUCUAUGGCAAAUUUACCAUCAAAUCAGAUGUGUGGUCAUUCGGUAUCCUCUUGACUGAACUCAUCACAAAAGGCAGAGUGCCCUACCCAGGAAUGAAUAACAGGGAGGUUUUGGAGCAAGUGGAGCGUGGCUAUCGUAUGCCAUGUCCACAGGGCUGUCCAGCCUCUCUGCAUGAGCUGAUGCUGCAGUGCUGGAGGAAGGAUCCAGAUGAGAGGCACACCUUUGAGUACCUGCAGGGCUUUCUGGAGGAUUACUUCACUGCCACUGAACCACAGUACCAGCCAGGGGAGGACCUGUGAAUGAGAAGGCGCAUGUAAAAUGAUUGCUCCUCCAGUGGGUUAAACGGGUUUUAAGAGUGAUUUCAAUGUGAGGCCCUCAAAUUAAGUCUCCUAAUGAAUGUAUGAGAUGAUGUGCAACUUAUAUUCAUCACCUUCAAAGAAGUGCCUCAUAUCAAAGUCACUUACUAGGGCGGGUAGGAGCAGUCUCCCCUCAAGUAUUAUGUUAUUUUUUAUUAACAUUGUGGCUUUUCUCACAUUGAACAUGGCACAAUGUAAUGCCUGCGAAUGCUGUGUACCUGGCAGUGCACAGUGUUAUUGUAAUAUAGUGAAGCCAUGAUAUUACCAAAAUAUUUCAUACAGGACUUUGUAUAGGACUAUGUACACUUUUAGGUAUACUCUGUGUCCACAAAGCUUCUGUCAGGUCAGUCCAAAUAGCCAAUCCACUGUGAGCACACUGUGUUCUGUAUUCAUUUUCUGUAUACUGUGUCACUUUUGCCAGUCAUUGUAUUGCUUUAUCUGUAUCUUUUUAUCUGAAUCUGUCUGGCUUUAAAAGCUUUAAAAGUAAGGAUGACCCUGAACCAGCACUGCUGUACAAUGAUGGAACUUUGUGCCUUGAAAGCCUGAUGAACCCGAAUUGACAUGUUGUUAAAGUUUAGAGAUUCAUCAGAGACAGAUGAUCUAUCUGCCUGAGAUGGGAUUUAUUACAUUUACCCUUUUACACUGUAUUUUUCAACUCACCACUAUAUUUGUGAUUUUUUUCAUAAUUUAAUGAGUGCCUUUCAAACUAGUGCCUUCAUUUAGCGUUAGUGAUUUGUGUUUGGGGCUGACUGAAGCCCUAAAUCUUAGAUAAUUAUUCAAGUAUGUUGUGUAUUUUGUAUGCUUUUUUUUUCAUUAUAGCAGCCUACUCAA